AUGAAGCUAUACCUCCUGGUGCUGGGGUUUCUUGGAGUGCUUGUGACAGUGGUGCACGGCGGCGAAAACGAUGACACAGCUGUUGCAGCACGGUCAGAUAAAUACUACGACGAGCUGUGGUACCGACAUUGGACGUUCCCGGUAACAAUGGCCAUCAAAGCGAAAGUGAUUGCGUGGGUCCUAUUCAUAACCUACUUCAGCACGAUCUUGCAAGCGAUCGUGUAUCAGCGAAGUGAGCCGUCGCUCCCAGAAGUGUACUCCGUGCCUGCUAAUAGUGAAUGGGGGUAUCCUCCAUCCAACAGUUGGGGCUGA